GAAGGUAGCAAUACCUGUGAGAAAGCAGAGAUAUAACUUGAUCUACUGCACACUUCAAGUUAUGCUUUUCCAGCACUAUUCUGUUCACCACUGAACACAUCUAUACUCGGAGUGGCUGUGAAGCGCUCGUGAUGGCCUUACUUUGGGAUCCUCCAAUAUGAGUGAUCUCAAGCCGACCAUUCAACAAGACAUCCAGGAGGCUAGUACGAGGUAUCAAAAAAUCAGUCUCUCACUGUGGAACACCCCCGAUGUCCCAGGAGUACGACACCAUGAACACACCAAAGCCCACACUCUCCAGCAACAAUCGUUAGCAACGACCAGAAGUACCGCAACGGCACCCCCAUUUCGCAUUGUCAACACCAGAAUUCAAGGUUUUCCCAACACCAGGAUAGCAUGCCACCCCGCUUACUCCCCACUCAUAAAGUUUGAACACCCCCCAGUUCGCUGCCAACAAACCCUCCAAGCACCGCCACGUCGCACCGCAUAUGUCGACGCACAGCGGCGGGCCUUGCACCGUUGGCGAAGACACGCAAGAGUGGCGCAACGGCCGUUCAGGGGAAGAACUGCACAGCGGGGUUCGAUGAGCGCAGCGCUGGCGCGCGUUGCGCACAUCGCUGUUGAGACGCGUUGGCGAUGUCGGCGAGUCGCUGGUGGGGGAAACCACGCACCACGGGUUCCUCGUCGUGAGACCGUCGUGCGGACAGAGUCGAGGCAGUUCCUAUCAGACCGCCAAACGCCUCAGUCGUCAUGCGCAGACCCGGAUGGUUGACGUUUGACACCUGCAAUUGCGCGGGCAACUGCCAGCCACUCCACUCUGUGUAACGCCAUGCCGCCAUGCCCUGGGCUCUCGACACCGCUCACAUUUGACCCUGCGGCACUUACGUGCAGGCAUGUGCUGCUCGCGAGCGUACGUACAUGCGUGUUGCACAGUCUGCAGCGCAAACUCAAAGUCACCCCAAAACUACAAGGUGGAUACACGGGACGCGCAGAUCGCGGGCGCUUCCUUUGAGCACCGCACACCACAGCGCAGCACGGGUGCGGCUCGACCGUCGAUCCAGGGUUCGAGCUACCGCGCUGGAGCUACCGCUCUUGAGCGCGAGCCUGACCGGACGCGGACGGGCAAUGUCGGGUUGCUAGGACACAUUCACGGCGUGUGGAGCGGGUGUCCUGCGUCUGCGUUUGGAAGUGGAAAGGUUUGCCUCAGGGCGAGAAGAGCGGU